AUGGGAAAGACGAUGCAAACGAAAGUGGGUGAGGAGCAAAGACAGAAAAAAGGGAGAGAUCAAAGGAAACACGACCGGGGAGAGGGAAAGGAUGCUGACUUUAUGGACAACGAAGAGAGAGGACGCAGGACGACGACACAGGAGAGAGAGGGAGAGAGCAAAGAGCAUGGCAUGACUGCAUCAGUCACAUUUCCUAAGCAGAGAACACAAGACCACUUACACGACGACGGCCAGAGGAGAGUCCAUGUCGAAACCGGGGCAGGGGAUCCACGGACGAGGGGGGAGGCUAGACCGCAGACCAAAGUCGACUUGACGCCAGGAGAUGUUGCCUUGCCUCGGACGAGAAAAAGAGGGGAAUGGGUGAAGCUUGACGAGGUUGCGAGAUAA